AUGAUCGAGACGACGACGAUCGACCCACAAACAGACCCGGUCGUCGUCGCGGCGCGCGCGUCGCUCUUCGACGCCGUCGCCGCGGAGCUAUCGCGCGACCUCGUCGUCGCGUCGCAGCAGGCGUCGCACACGUCGACAGACUACGACCCCUACGACCUCGACAGGUUCGACGCUAUACACUGGUUCGACGUCUCCGACGCGGACCUCGAGUCGUUCGACGUCCUCCAUCAGACGCGGUUCCGACGAGAGGCGCUCGAUCUCUUGAUGGAAGACCUCGAGGAGGAGAUCGAGAACCUGAUACCACCGCGCGGCGGCGGAGGCGGCGGCGGCGUGACCAACGUGUACGUGACGUACGCCGACGACGCCGUCUCCCCGAGGACCGCGUCGUCGUCGUUCGACCCUUACGUCCCGCAAGGCGUCGUCGGGCGGUUGAUGCAGACGUUGACGUUCGGGUUCAGCGCCGCGUUCGCGGACAACCCCACGCUGAUCGACGACUACCUCCGGUGCUCCGUCGCGACGCGCCCGUGCACGAUCGAGGAGACGCUCCGUAAGGCGCGUUCGUAUUCACGCCGGUCCCCGUGCGACCGCUGCACGUACGAGCCGAAAGGGACGUGGUACCGAGAGCGACGCAGCCGCGUGAACGCGCCGCUGUCGUGGCCGUACUGCGAGUGGGAUCUCGAAAAAGUCUAUCAGCACUGCACAGAGUUGGAGCGGCAGUCGUCGACGUGCGACCCGGAGGUGGCGCGAGACAGGAUGCGACGCGCGGCGUGGCUCGAGAGCGAGGAGGAGAGAAGGACGGCGUACGUGACACGUCAGCGUGCGGAGAUGGAGUAUGCGCGGGGCGCGAACCACGGGGCGUUCGGGUUAUCCGUGGACGCGGAGUCGGCGCCGGCGGGAGGGCGCGGGCGGUGGACGUGA